GCCGCUACCAUAGUGACGAGGUGUAAACAAUCGGUCUCGGGGAGACGCCGCGGGGAUUCCCUCGAGCCGGCUGGUCACCUUACGAUGGCCGCUAUCAGGACUUAUGGGCGCCAUGUACGCGUCGGUAACUGGAGCGAAGAUGUCGUUCUCGACGAGGAAAAGCUGAAGGACUUCCUGCAGAAGAAAGAUAAAGGAGAGUUGGUUUUCCAGAAGACAAACUUUGUAAAACAGAAUAUGCUGAAAAAGAUCGACUUGACAGUAACAACUGAUGGAUGGUUACACUUUGGGGAUGUGGUGAUGCUGGUUAACCCUGGCGGUGACCAGGGCGAGCACUCGCUAGGCUGGCAGGGGAGAGAUGCAGCGGCCGUUAGCAUGCAUUUGGACCCUGGCUCCACUGCAAUGAGCUCACUUACCCAGGCGCCCCGCGAGGUCACUGCGACCAGAGCCGUGGAAUCUCGUGCCAGGACUGCCUUCGUCAUCACCAGCGUUGAUGGGACUCCGGAGGGGGAAACGGUGAAAUAUAAUCAGAAUUUCGCCUUUCGUUUAAAAGAUGCGUUUGCUGGCGAGCUGUACCUAGCGAGUGAUCAGCGGACGUUCCUGAGAUGUGCCAGGGGGUCCUGCCUACAGGAGGUCAGCCUGACCAGCCACCCGUCCUUCCUCACCUGCUGGCAGGUGGUGUGCCUGGACCCACAGGAGCGUAUGGAGAACGAGGGCCUUCCUGUCCCGGUAAAUAAAAAGGUCCUUAUCACUCACUGCAAGACAAACCAGUGCUUAGCUGUACUUGGAAAUUAUGUUUUGUGGACAGCCUAUGGAAAGGAGUACGAGGUGGUGGCCCAGACCUUCCUGGACUCCCACAAGGCCGAGCGAGAGAUGAACCACUGGCUGCUGGUUACUGCGGACAUCGCUGUGCAGGGCCAGGCCAUGAGAGACAGACCCCAUACAAUGGCCUCCAUGUCAGCUACUGAGGAUUCAGCGCAUUGUGGUGCUAAAGGCGGCGCUGAGGACGAGCGAAAUGAAUAAAAUAUCAUUCAGUAGAUUAAAAGAAUUUCAAAUUUCAUUAGCUAUAUUCUGCAUACAAGAGGCUGUAACAUCUAGCAUGCUUCACAAUAUUGCCAUGCUGACAAUGUGUAGUAAUGUACAUCCUUUUCCAACAGGGGGCGAGAGCAGCUUACUUUAUGUAGCUAUAGACCUGUCUGUAAUAUUACCAAGGUGAUAAAAUGUGUUCUGUCAUGUGGAUAUUUAGCUGUUAACAGUCUAAACUGCUUAGUGAGUUUCUUAUAUACUGUCUCGUGUUCUUUUCCCUUAUUUGUUUAUUACAUAUAUCUAUAUAAUAAAAUACAUCUGUCUUCUAAGG